CUGCCACCCACAGUUCGUGGGUUUUCGCUCUUCUCACCAGCAAAUACGAGGGUUUCCGAUAAACUCUCAUCAGAAGAAUCACAUUUGGCCUGGCUCUUAAUUAAAUAAAUAGACAGAGAUGGCACCGUGACAGGUUCACCUCUGAGAAAACAUUAUCAGCGGCACUCUUAUCAACAGAAAUGGUAUACAAAGGGACCAUCUUUCCUUGGAUCAAAUUAAGAGCUUGAGGAUCCUACAAUGUUCUGGUACCCUCCCCUACUGAUCUUGGUGAAUGCUCUCUUACCACGUCCAACGCAAUGCGCCCUCCUCGAAAGGUUUGAAGACCUCAAGAGAAACGACUUUGACUUUGUCAUCAUCGGAGGGGGCACUGCAGGGAAUACUGUCGCAAAUCGUCUGACGGAGAAUCCCAACCAUCAUGUACUUGUGCUAGAGGCCGGCGGAUCGAAUGCGAAUGCUUUCGUGUCUAUGAUCCCAAAUUUCUGUGCCCGGACUCUUGGAAGUGCGAUAGACUGGAACUACACCGCCCAAACGGGUCCUGUCAUGAACCGAGUAGUUGGACUUCCCAGGGGAUUUGUUCUCGGUGGUACUAGCUCAAUGAAUUGCAUGGCAUACACUCGUGGAACAAGAGAGGAUUGGGAUCGAUAUGCCCACGUAACCAACGAUGCCGGAUGGUCCUGGGACAACAUUCAAACAUAUGUACGAAAAAACGAACGCUUUACUCCUCCAGCUGAUGGACACGACACAACUGGGGAAUUUGACCCAUCAGUUCAUAGUUUUGAUGGAAUAAACUCUGUUACACUUUCAGGGUUUCGUCAUCAGGUAGCUACACGGGUCAUUCAAGCUAGCAAGGCGAUGGGGAAUGACUCAGAAUUCCGAUUUGUUCUCGACAUGAAUUCAGGGGAACACCUUGGAAUCGGUUUCGCGCAGUCUACCGUUCUGAAUGGAACUCGAAGUAGUUCAGCCACGUCCUAUUUGGGACCUCAAUUCAUCAACCGCCCUAAUCUUCACGUCUUGUUGCACGCCCAUGUGACGCGUAUUUCGUCGGAGGAAACAGCACAUAAUGGUCUUACCUUUACGGGAGUUGAACUUUCUCAGGAUUCUGGAAAAACAUUGCAUACAGUUACAGCAUCGAAAGAAGUCAUACUUUCCGCUGGGUCCAUUGCGACUCCCCAAAUCUUGAUGAACUCUGGCAUCGGCGAUCCCAAUACCUUGUCGAAUUUGGGUAUCCGAACGCUGCAGCGUCUACCAUCAGUUGGAAGAAACCUAUCUGAACAUCUUGUCCUUACGCUGGGUUGGGUGGUUACUGCUAACGAUACAGAUUCUGAGGCAGCAAGGAAUGCGACUCUUGCUGCGGAGCAACUCAGGCAGUGGAAUGAAACGAGGACAGGUCCUCUCGUUGAUGCCCCAGACCUGGACUUUGGAUGGGUCCGAUUACCAAAGAAUGCGUCGAUCUUUGAGAGAGUCAAAGACCCAUCUCCCGGACCCAAUACCGCACAUAUUGAGAUCCAGUUCCUCGUAAGCAUUUUCCCAGCCGAGUUUAGGAUAAUCAUACCUCACUAACCAUCGCCUUAGAAUCAUGGCUUUACCCCGGAGAUUCCUCCACCGAACUUGAUAGGCGUGGCUCCCACCCUUCUGAGUCCCAUCUCUCGUGGUUUCGUUACACUCAAUACUUCAAACCCUUUUGACCACCCCUUCAUCAAUCUCAACUUCCUGGACUCGGAGUUCGAUCUCUUUGCGCUCCGUGAAGGAAUUCGGAGCGCUCGUAGAUUCAUGUCAAGCCCUUCGUUCAACGGUUUCCUCGUGUCCGCCGUUGUGAACGCUACUACCGACGACGAGCUAGACGAAUUCAUCACAGCUACUGCCGGAGGGGCAUGCCACCCGAUUGGAACAGCCAUGAUGUCUCCUCGUGGUGCUGACUGGGGAGUUGUGGAUCCGGAUUUACGAGUGAAAGGCGUUGAGCGACUCAGAGUGGUGGACGCUUCGGUAUUGCCAUUCCUCCCCGCAGGGCACACUCAAGCACCUACAUACAUUAUCGCCGAGCGUGCAUCCGAUUUGAUCAAAGCUUCGUGGUCUUGAUGAUGUAGUUCUUGUUAACAGAUUUUGUUGAGGACUUUGCGUACUAGCGCCU